GCCCCCGUCCGGUUUAUAAUUCGCCGGCUGCCGCUCCCGGAGCCGCGGCUCCACUCGCGCUCCGCGGGGACUCGGGACGCUCUCGCAGCGCCCGCCGCCCGAAAAGUCCGGCUCGGCCCGCGCCCGCCUCGCGCGCUCACGCCCCCCACGAGCGCGCCCACAGCCCCACUGGCUCACCCGCACCCCCGCACGCGCGCACUCACACGCGCUCACGGUCCCACUCCCGCCCGCUUCCCUGCGGCGGCGCGAGAGCGCCGAGGGGACCCACGGCCUUCCCAUGGCUGACCUGAGCUUCAUCGAAGAUUCCGUCGCCUUCCCGGAGAAGGAGGAGGAUGAAGAGGAAGAGGAGGAGGGGGUGGAGUGGGGCUACGAAGAAGGUGUGGAGUGGGGCUUGGUGUUUCCCGAUGCUAAUGGGGAAUACCAGUCUCCCAUUAACCUAAACUCAAGAGAAGCUAGAUAUGACCCCUCACUUCUGGAUGUCCGCCUCUCCCCAAAUUAUGUGGUCUGCCGAGACUGCGAAGUGACCAAUGAUGGACAUACCAUUCAGGUUAUCCUGAAGUCAAAAUCAGUUCUAUCAGGAGGUCCAUUGCCUCAAGGGCAUGAAUUUGAACUGUAUGAAGUUAGAUUUCAUUGGGGGAGAGAAAACCAGCGCGGUUCUGAGCACACAGUUAAUUUCAAAGCUUUUCCCAUGGAGCUCCAUCUGAUCCACUGGAAUGCCACCCUGUUUGGCAGUAUUGAUGAGGCCGUGGGGAAGCCACAUGGGAUUGCCAUCAUUGCUUUGUUCGUUCAGAUAGGAAAAGAACAUGUAGGUCUGAAGGCUGUGACUGAAAUCCUCCAGGAUAUUCAGUAUAAGGGGAAGUCCAAAACAAUACCCUGCUUUAAUCCUAACACUUUAUUACCAGAUCCUUUGCUGCGAGAUUAUUGGGUAUAUGAAGGCUCUCUUACCAUCCCACCUUGCAGUGAAGGUGUCACCUGGAUAUUAUUCCGAUACCCUUUAACUAUAUCCCAGCUACAGAUCGAAGAAUUUCGAAGGCUGAGGACACACGUCAAGGGGGCUGAACUUGUGGAAGGCUGUGACGGGAUUUUGGGAGACAAUUUUAGACCCACUCAGCCACUUAGUGACAGAGUCAUUAGAGCUGCAUUUCAGUAGCCAACGAGAACAGGAACGAGACUGCCUUCAUCUGGGGAGGAAGACAAUGAUCCUAUAGUGCCCUUGGAUGAGAAACGGAAACUUUUGAGCCGCACCUUCAGUUUAUCCUCAAAGCCUGCGUUGUUUGUCUUCAUCUAAUCCAGCUUUGAUGGACAUCUGUGACAGUUGCCUAUACACGUGCUCUAAUGAAAUAUUAGAAAUGGCUGUACAUUCCGAAGAAACCCAGUGCUGUAUCCCCACGUCACUGCUGCUAGUAUUCAUAUUUUUGCACAUACUGUUGAUUGCUUAUGUGUAGAAGAAAUGAAACUAGUUUUCAGAGUUGUUAUUAAUAUGAAUAUAUAUCAUGUAUUAAUACCGAGACAGGAAAAAUACAUUCCCGGUGUUAGCAAUCCUUCAUUUCCUGUCUCCGAGAGAAAAUUCCGUCAUUCGGAGAAUAAUGCAAUUCUUGAUAAUAAAUAAGAGUUUUGAUCAGGAACAGCACACGGCUUGAAAAUGGAAUGUGAAGGAUUAGUGAAAGUCCAACUCAUGUUGUUUUCAGCCCUCAUAGUACAAUUAAUGUCAGGCUGGUUAUUAUGCAAAACAAUUUGGGAGUUAAUGCAAGAACAAAAUUGCUUUAUAUAUUUCUCAAAGGAUCGAAUUGAAUGUAUGAAUCUAAUUGUAUUUAUUUGACAUAUUAGAAGCUCUCGUUUCUAGGAGUUUGAGAAAGGCAUAAAAAUAGGGUAAAACGUAAGUGGGUACAACAUACCAGGAAUAGCUUUAUUUUCCACGAUAGAAGUGUAAGUUUAAUAGUAUUCUAUAGUAAUUUAGUGUUGUACGUUUCGUAAGACCUUAAGGUAUUUUAUUCUAUGGACUUUAGUAUAUUGAGCCAUUGCUUUCCAAGAUGAUCAAUAAUAUCUUUAUUUUAAUUAAUUUGAAGCGCUACUGGUAAAUGUAAGCAUAUGCUUAGAUGCAGUUAGAUGUGACAGAAUGAGAUAAUUUUGUAAAGCAGUAGAGUGCCUGGCACAAAGCAAGUACUUAAUAAAUGUUAUCUGUUGUUAUAAUUACUGUUGUAAAACCGAAGACUUCAUAAUCCCAAUUUGGAGGGAUUUUGUGAUGCCAAAAGUUGGAAAUCCUACAGGUGCAAUAAGUGUGUGUCGUGAGAUUUUAGGUGUGUUGGAUAGAGGCUGUAGUACUGAAAACAUUAAAUACAAAUAAAAAUCAUGCGGAGUAUCCCUGAAAAUGGCAGCAAAGAAGGACUGUGGUGGACCCGUGGGCAGGGAGAGGAAGGACUGGCAUGGCAGCAGAGUGAGGAAAAGCCUUGGGCUUGCAAAGGGUCAGGGUCUGUCCUUAGACCAGAACCGCAGCAGGGCAGCUGCAGGCAGAGCCUCUGAGAAGUGGAGACAAGCCCUGGGAGUCUUCCUUUCUGUUGUUUCUUGUAUGCAAAAAUAAUGAAGAAAUGGUUGCAAAACUGUCCCGUAUUUAAAGACUUAAUAUCUCCUAGACGCAAACAUGCCACACACACCGAACAUUGGUUGUAGGUAUAGCCUCAUUGUACUUGACAUCCAGAGACGACAUCUGAAGAUUUCAUUUUCUUGUGGAUUCAGAAGGCACCUUGGUGUUCUUUGGGUAGAGCCUGUGUUCAGGCCCUGGAACAAAACCGGGUGCAGGCACCCAGCCUCUUUGCUCCCGACACAGUUGGUGAGUGAGCAUCCAGGGUAUGUUCUUGGACUUAACGUCCAGUGCUCCUUGCAAUCUGCAACCAUCUCUCCCUGAAAAAAACAAAAUAGACAUAACAAAAAAUAGUUCACAUGUCCUUUAGGAUCAUAUCUAGUUGAUUAUAUUUCCCCCUCCAAUUUUUUUUUUUAAUGGAAGCAACCAAAUUUACUUACCAUACAUUUUUUGAGUCAAAAGACUGAAAUGAACUACUUGAUUCAGCUUGUGGGGUCCAUUGAUGUGGUUGUGUGGGGGCUUUCUAAUCUUUGAUCUGGAAAACCCCUUCUUCUUUCCACAUUUAGGUACCUCAGACUCAGAAUAUGAAUGCUGGUGAUAGGGAUGCUUACGUAGGACUGAAUUUCAAAGGGCCAUUUGUACAUCAACCAGAGUGCAAACAACUGACCUGCAGUCGAUCCUGUUUGAUGGUGUCCUGGGAAAGAAAAGUAAAAGAUACAUAGUGGACCCUGAAAUUGAGGAAGGAACUUCCCAAGGCAAAAGUGUGUGUGUGGAGGAGUGGUUAACAGGAUAAAUGACACAUUUCAUGGAUCUUGAAAUGUAAUUUAGGGUGGGUUUGUUUAUCUAACAGGAAAAAAAGGCAACAAACAGGUGCUUUUUUUCACCUAUCUCACACAUUCAAAAGCGCCUCUGAUUCAUGGUAAUUAAUGUACCUGAUGGUGUGUAAAGUAAUAUUAUUCUCAGAAGGUUUGUCAAUUAAGAUAAUUUGAGUCUGUGUUUGUUGGUCAUUCAAGCUAGAGGCUUGCCAAUAUUGUUGCUCUUCUCAGAGAACAUUUGAUUUUGUUGGUUUUCUCUAUGUUUCUAUAACAUAUUUUGUGAAGUUCUCCAUAUUAUUUCCUUCCUUCUGCCUGCUUUGGUUUGUGAUUUUUCUAGUAUCUUAUGGUGGAAGAUUAGUUAUUGGUUUGAGAGGUUAUUUUUAAA